AUGAACAACCCGCUACUAGGCCAUCUCUCAAAAAUACUCACCCUCUCCCCUCCGCAAUCCUCUUAUCCACCCUCAGCCCUUUCAGGACCUCUCACGUCGCAUACAGGAACAGCCUACCUCUUCCUCUCAAUCUCGUCGGCCUUUCCCCGCCUUCAGAUCCAUUCCUACCACGCAAUUCAUUGGGCGCGAGCAUACAUCUCAAAUAUUCCGACAGAAUCCGCCUCGGACUCAGCUCCAGAACACGUCCUAGGCCUUUCCGAAACCCUGUCCAGCCCAGCGAUCCGCGCCUGCAUAUCUCAAGACUUGGCCCAUGUCCACAAGUUCCUCUCCCUCCUCCCUUCAAUCUCACACGCCGACCUCCCAACCUGCCUCAUUCAUGGCCUCUCAGGAACGCUCUAUCUCCUCCGUCUCAUACGCCACUGGGUCCCGUCAUCAGCGCCGCUCGUCUCUCGCGCCAUCGUCCACCUAUCAGAGUACCUCCUCUCUUCCCCUUGGUCCUGUCCUCAAUCAAGAUCUCAUGGCGCUGCUGAUGGGGAGCUGGGAACGCUGACGCAGCUUGUGAUGACCACACCACCAUUAGCCUCGCGAUUGGUGGAGAGACUUGCAGCGUUGCUGGAUUUGCAAGGGCCGGACGGAGAAUGGCCAUCUCAGGAAACAGGGCUUGGGGCUGAAUCUCUUGAAAACAAAGGAGACGUCUCAUUCGCACACGGCACAACGGGUCUAGUAAUAUCUCUGCUAUCACUUCGUCCUUAUUUCCCAUCUCUACAGGAGCGCAUAGAUGAUGCCAUGGCAAACGCCAGGAACUUCUUAAGCACCCAAGAGCUUGGGGCGAGAGAACCAAGUCUGUGGUACGGUGUUCUCAGCACCCCAUUAGCCUUUCCAAAAGGCCCGUCCAGAACAUCGAUUGUGAACCUCGUCCACCACCCUAGAUCAACAUCAGAACCCCCAUCAGAUUCGUCCUCAUCUGGCUCAAUAGCGAUAUCUUACGACCCCGGUGCCGCAUGGAUGUGGGCAGUAUCAGAAAAGGAACUUCCGCGAAUGAUCUUUUACAACGACAUUUGA